UUUUUACCGUAAUGCCAUAUACAUAUCUCAUUCAACUUUAUUAUAUACUUGUCACAUAUCCAACGUAUGAUUUUUUGCUUUCCUAUGAAUUGGUUUUUAAACCAUUUGAUAUUGGAUCACCCGCUCAAACCCGAAUAUAUUUUCUUCAUCGUCUCUCUUCUCUUUCCCAGUACUGUAACUGUUGCAAAAAUACAGUAACAGCCAUGGAUUCUUCAAAUGAUAAUUCUCCUCAAUCUGUACCGUAUAUUACUAGUAACAAUCCUCUUCAAUUCACCAUUCAUUUGCCCAAUUUAAACCCUAAUUCUACUCCCAAUUUCACUCCAAUUUCAAACCCUAACCCUAAUUCUAAUUCAAUUUCAGACGAGCUUCUUUCUCUCUCUAUCCCGAGGAAAAGGAGACGAGGUAGGCCCCGAAAUUUGCCUUUGAAUCAGGUAUAUCACAAUUUUCCCAAUUCCUCAAACAACUUAAUAAAUUCGAAUUUUGUGGGUAAUUUAAAUGCUGUUAGAACGAUUACUGCUAAUGAUACUUUGGAUGAGAUUAUUGUAAUUAAUAAAGAGGCAACGACUGAGGCGUUAAUCGCUUUAACGGCUGGUUUUCCAGCUGAUUCUUUGACUGAUGAGGAAAUUGAAGCUGGGGUUGUUUCUGCAGUGGGUGGUAUUGAACAGGUUAAUUAUAUUCUUAUUAGGAACCAUAUAAUUUCCAAAUGGCGGGAAAAUGUGUCCACUUGGAUAACAAAAGAGAUGUUCAUCGAUGUUAUACCUAAGCAUUGUAGUGGUCUGUUGGAUUCUGCUUAUAAUUAUGUGGUGUCGCGUGGGUAUAUUAAUUUUGGAGUUGCACCGGUUGUUAAGGAUAGGAUUCCGGCUGAGCCGAGUAAGGGUAGCGUGAUUAUUAUUGGGGCGGGACUUGCGGGGUUGGCUGCAGCGAGGCAGUUGAUGUUGUUUGGGUUUAAGGUUACGGUUCUGGAGGGUAGAAAGCGUGCCGGUGGAAGGGUGUAUACGAAAAAGAUGGAAGGUGGGAAUAAGGUGGCUGCUGCUGAUUUAGGAGGUAGUGUGUUGACGGGGACGCUAGGGAAUCCAUUAGGUCUCUUGGCACGACAGCUAUCUUACACGCUUCAUAAGGUUAGAGACAAAUGUCCACUUUAUCGUGUGGAUGGGAAGCCAGUUGAUCCUGAUUUGGAUCAGAAGGUGGAGGCUGCUUAUAACCUACUCUUGGAGAAGGCAAGCAAGCUCAGGCAGUUAAUGGGAGAAGUUUCUCAGGAUGUUUCUCUUGGAGCAGCAUUGGAGACAUUCCGUCAGGAUUAUGAUGAUGGAGUGAAUGAAGAGGAGAUGGGUUUAUUUAAUUGGCAUCUUGCUAAUCUGGAAUAUGCAAAUGCAGGUCUGAUUUCUAAGCUUUCUUUAGCAUUUUGGGACCAAGAUGACCCCUUUGACAUGGGAGGGGAUCACUGCUUCCUGCCCGGAGGAAAUGGAAGACUAGUUCAGGCAUUGGCCGAAAAUGUACCUAUUCUUUAUGAAAAAAUUGGGCAUACCAUUCGUUAUGGCAGCGAUGGAGUACAGGUUGUCGCUGGGGGACAAGUAUUUGAGGGAGAUAUGGCACUG